AGUUCAUUGAGCAGUUCACCUGUAGUUGGUUUGUCGAGAACGGUGCUCAGUCGGCAAAAAAAAAAUAUAAAAGAAUUUAAAUCAAAUUUUUAUGUGGCAAAAUUUAAGAAUUUGUGAGUUUUAAAAUGAAUUUUUGUUAAGUUCCCUAUAAUUUAUCUAACAGUAUAGAUAGGAAGCUAUUAAAAUGCACACGUAAAAUGAAAAAUUUCAUAUUUGAAUCUCCAAACACGACCGAUGACCGUCAUGAUGCUGUCUGCAUGGUGCUAAUUUGCUAAAUGAUUUAUCACAUUUAAUUAAUUAGCUCUUCAUACGAAAUAAAAACCUACACAAGCGUAUGCAAAUAGCUCUUUUGGAAUAUAGGAAGCAUACAGAAUCAUCUCGUGAUAAUUCAAUUUUGAAGGCAUGAGCUAACAGCACAUUCAUAGAUGUAAUUUCAAAUAGACAUUCCCAGAGAAGUAAAAAAAUAAGAAAAAACAUUUAACAUAGCAAAAAAUAAGAAGCAAUAAUAUAAAAAAUUUGUGAUGUUCUCAAAGAAUUAAAUUCCAAAAUUGUUGAGAAACAAAAAAAUUGUGCAAGAAUGUUAUCGGAUCCAGGAAUUUUGUGCAUUCAGCACUGUAAUGCAAAAAUAUUUUCGUUUCAAUUGCCCGACAUUUGUCCGCUGUGUAGCAAAAAACUUCUGAACGAGAACAAUAACUUUGGACUAUUGCCUUUUCGAUUACCUUAUCCAUUUGUAAGAGCAUCGCAAACGCAAGCUGCUGUGAUUUUACGUCCAACAAAAGGAGAUUUUCUUAAUGACUAUAACAACAAAACUGACCUACAUAUAGCACUCACAACAUCUCAAGGUAUUAUAGUGGAAUUUGAUAGGCAUGGCUUGAGACGGCAUGUGCCACGUGAUAGUAACAGCUUAUGGGAACAAAGUCUCAUUGUCGAAUCUGUUUCGGAAGCUUGGCUUGAGCAUUGGGAUGAGACACUUGCUAUGAUGUGUAAACAAGGGAUAUGGACAGAGGCAACAUACAAAAAAGAUACAUACAACUGUUAUACAUUUGUUUUGACGUUCCUACAAGCCUUAGGUUUUGGUGAAUUAAGUCUAGCAGCAAAAAAUCGGACAUUGUUUUGUGAAAAAUUCAUUUGCCCAAGAACUGUUGUGGCUGGAAAAUAUAUUAGUUUAUAUCGUAAAAUACGGGACAAUGGAAAAUACAUACAUCUUAGUUCAUCUGGAAAGAACGGCAAUAGAAAAUAAUGGACGUACUGCAACUAUAAAUUUUAAUUUUUUUUAUGAAGCUUUUUAUGUGUAUUAUGUUUGUAACCGUAAGGAAUUUUUAAUUUAUUUAAACUGUAGAUAACUGCAAUCAUUGCAAAUCGAAUUGGUAAUAGAUUGUGAAUAAAUAUUAAUUUAAAACUAUGGCA